AUGCCCGACUUCCGAUGCAACAAGGGCUCAUUCAACUUCGCCCACAUACAUAGAGUAAGAGUUCUGCUACAAAUUCCCUCAGGACAGCCAGUUGAAAAUAAUACUGCCUACGCCCGUUACAUGAAGGACUUUUUGAUGCAUGGCCCAGCUGUCUGGACUGGGAGCUCAGCAUCUAGCUCUGCCACUAAUUAG